GCCCUUUGAAAAGCUGACAGUCCACCUUCUUGUGGUCCAUGAAAGCAGUGAUGGCCUCCAACGGAAAGGUCUGCAGGCAACGGCCGCAGAUGAGGAACCGGAGCCGGAAGGCUGCCUAUAGAGUCGCAGUCACCAGCCCAGAUCCUUCGUAGUGAAUCUGGGAGGGCUAAGAACCACCGGGCUCCCUGAAUCCACACCUUUGUCCUCUCUGCCGCGGGCGGGGGUCCUUCCUUGCCAGGAGCCCACAGGUGAGCUGCAGAGACAGGAAUCGCCUAACGAGGAAAAGGAUCAUCUCAGUCUCCCUCUUACUCCAGGAUAAUGCAGACUCCACUGACCAUCCCUGUGCCUGUGCUCCGGCUCCCCCGGGGCCCGGAUGGCCUGAGCCGAGGCUUUGCCCCAGAUGGACGCAGGGUCCCCCAGAUGCCAGAGGGUCCCGAAACCCCAGAGUCUGCAGGAGUUCAAGAGUCUCGGGAAUCCCAGGAACAGCAGGCACGAGCGGUGCUCCGGGAGCGCUACCUCCGCAGCCUGCUAGCCAUGGUGGGUCACCAGGUGAGCUUCACACUGCACGAGGGCGUGCACGUGACUGCCCACUUCGGAGCCACCGACCUGGACGUGGCCAACUUCUACGUGUCACAGCUGCAGACGCCCAUAGGUGUGCAGGCUGAGGCCCUGCUGCGGUGUAGUGACAUUAUUGCGUACACCUUCAAGCCAUGAAGAUGCUACUGGCUUCACCUUUUGGCUUUGGGCCUAGCCACGGGGCCCCAGCCCUGCCACAUGGUCGUGGGGCACACAGAGUUUGGAACUCCCUUGGAAUUCUGAGCCGACCUCCAAGCAACUUUGGCUUCUUGGGACCUCCAGGGUGUAGUCGGUAAAAUUUUGCAACCUUAGUAGUUCUAGAGCCCAUUGACAUGAAUGCUCUACCUCAAAGAACUCUAAACUCUAGAAUAGGGCCUCUUGCCAGUUCCCGAAGAUUGAGGAUUGGGCAUGGAAGGCAAAUGGCAGAGUGGGAAAUUGUUUCUUGAAGCUGCAAAGUUCAGCCACCCUGAAGAUACUCCCCUCCUACUAAAGAACCAAUUAUCCCAGGAA